GACUCGUUGGCCCCGGCCACGCAUGCGCCGAUCCUUCCUUUUGCUAUUCCCGCCCCCGCGCCCCUCUCUGUCUUCUCUGCACUGGGAGCAGCUCUCCUGCCACAGCCCCUCACCCCCUGAAAAUGUAUGCUUGCUCCAAGUUUGUCUCCAUCUCCUCCUUGGUCAGGAGCACCUCUCAGCUGCUGAGCCGACCACUGUCUGCAUUGGGGUUGAAACGACCAGAGACACUGACAGAUGAGAGCCUCAACAGCUUGGCAGUCCCGCGUCCCCUGACCUCACUCAUCCCCAGCCGCAACUUCCAAACCAGCGCCAUUUCAAGGGACAUCGACACAGCAGCCAAGUUCAUUGGGGCUGGGGCUGCCACAGUUGGGGUGGCUGGCUCUGGGGCUGGGAUUGGGACUGUGUUUGGGAGCCUCAUCAUUGGUUAUGCCAGGAACCCUUCUCUGAAGCAACAGCUCUUCUCCUACGCCAUUCUGGGCUUUGCCCUCUCGGAGGCCAUGGGACUCUUUUGCCUGAUGGUGGCCUUUCUCAUCCUCUUCGCCAUGUGAAGGAGCUGUCUCCACCUCCCAUAGUUCUUUCUCCUGUGUCCCAUCUGCCCUGUAUGUUCCUUCUCCUAUACCUCCCCAGGCAGCCUGGGGAAAGUGGUUGGCUCAGAGUUUGACAGAGGGAAGACAAAUAAAUACUGUAUUAAUAAGA